AUGAAUGAACAACAAGAAGAAGUAUCUGGAAUGGAUAUCGAUAUCGGACAAGGUGCUUCUACUACAAUAGUUAGUACAGAAAUGCAAAAAACCUAUGAAAUAACAAAUAUUCUUGCAAAUGAAAUUCAAAUAUUAAAUGACGAUAUACAACGUUUUUCUAGUGAAUCGAUUCGAUUACAAAGUUCCAUUGAAUCUUUAACACAAGAUUUUUCAUCAAUAAAAUUGAGUGUUCAAGAACAAAGUUCUUUUAUAGAUGGUGUUAAACCCAAUCAAGAAAUUCUACAACAAGAUAUUGCUUCAUUGAAACAAAAAAUUGAUGACAUACAAUAUGUAUCUUAUGAUGGAACGUUUAUAUGGAAAAUAAUGAACUUUCAUGAAAAAAUGAUGGAUGCUCAAUCAGAACGACAAACAUCAAUAUAUUCACCUCCAUUUUACUCUUCAUCAAUCGGCUAUAAAAUGCGACUUUGA